UUUAUGUCUAAAUGAAUCAGCAUAUGUCUAAACUCAUUCCAACCAAACAACUAACGCCGUUUCAUUUCUCAACCUCUCACAACAACAAACGAAGAAGCGUCGUUUGAUUCAUAAAACCGCUUUUGUUUCUCUUUGUAACCGUUCUUGUUGCUAGCUACUACUACUAGUGGUUGGUUUUACGUUACAUCAACAAAAAAAUCAACAACAACCCAUUAUUGUUCUUGUUCUUAUUCUUCUGAUUCUGAUUCUAAUAAUCAUUAAUUGUGUCAAAAAACGAGAUCUUGUUAUUCUAAUUAUUCUCUUUUGAUUGGUUCCAAAAACGUGUCUCAAAGUCACAAAGUGUGUUUUUUCUGUUUUUCUUGUUGUUAACUUGCGUUGAUUAUCAUGUUGAAUCAUGGGUCAAAUGUUUCUGCUGAAGUGGGUGGUUGUUCUGAUGAAGAAUUAUGGAAGGCAAUUGCAGGACCAUUGGUUGAUGUUCCUUGUGUUGGUCAAAGUGUUUUCUAUUUCCCACAAGGACACAUGGAACAAUUGGAGGCUUCUACCAAUCAAGAACUGAAUCAGAGGAUUCCUGUGUUGAAACUUCCUACAAAGAUCCUUUGUCGUAUCGUGAAUAUCCAUUUACUGGCUGAACAAGAAACAGAUGAAGUUUAUGCUCAGAUUACUUUGGUACCAGAAUCUAAUCAAAAUGAGCCUACAAUCCCUGAUCCGCCCACCGAGGAACUUCCGAGGCCGAAAAUUCACUCAUUCUGCAAGAUCUUAACCGCUUCGGAUACUAGUACACAUGGUGGCUUCUCUGUUCUCAGGAAACAUGCCACAGAAUGCCUUCCUCCUUUGGACAUGUCCCAACCAACACCAACUCAAGAAUUGGUCGCCAAGGAUCUUCAUGGCUAUGAAUGGCGCUUUAAGCAUAUAUUUAGAGGUCAGCCGCGCAGACACCUUCUUACCACUGGAUGGAGUACUUUUGUGACUUCAAAAAGAUUAGUCGCUGGAGACACCUUCGUUUUUUUGAGAGGGGAAAACGGGGAAUUACGUGUUGGAGUGAGGCGUCUUGCUCGUCAGUCAAGUAGCAUGCCAUCAUCUGUAAUUUCUAGCCAGAGCAUGCACCUUGGAGUUCUUGCAACUGCCUCCCAUGCUGUUGCAACUCAGACUCUUUUCGUUGUAUAUUAUAAGCCGAGGACGAGCCAGUUCAUCGUAAGCGUGAACAAGUACUUGUCUGCUGUCAGUAAUAAGUUUGCUGUCGGCAUGAGGUUCAGGAUGAGGUUUGAAAGUGAUGAUUCUGCUGAGUCUGACAAAAGAUUUUCCGGUACCAUAGUUGGAGUCGAAGAUAUUUCUCCCCAUUGGGCAAAUUCAAAAUGGCGAUCACUUAAGGUUCAAUGGGAUGAACCUUCAGCUAUUACAAGACCUGACAGGGUUUCACCAUGGGAGAUAGAACCUUUUGUUUCUUCAGCUUCUACAGCCACAGUUCAACCGACCGCUGCAAAGACUAAAAGGCCUCGACCAACCAGUGAAAUUCCCGAUGUUGACACAACAUCAGCUGCCUCUAUUUUCUGGGAUGCUAGGAUGUCACAAACUGAUAUGACCCAACGUAUUAUGAAUAGCAAAACCAAUAACAAUGCUACAUUGAGGAAUCAAACCGAAGGAAGUUGGCUAUCGUCUCCUCGUUCUAGCUAUCCUUCUCAUUUACUUCACGAUACAACAGAUGAUGGCAAGAGUGUCUCAGCUUGGCCUGUUUCACAGCCUCAAUCAUCUAUACUGAACAUCGACCGUAUGCUUGAUCAAGUUGAGAAGGACAACAAGGUCGAGACUGCUACAACUUAUCGAUUGUUUGGAAUUGAUCUUAUUGAUCAUUCCAAAAAAUCAGCUGCUGUAGAGAUACCAUCUUCACAUGCAGUAAACGGUAACGGAGUUACCACUGAAGUUAGUUCCAGCACCUUGUCGAGUUCUGAUACUGCCCGUAAGUCUGACAUCUCAAAGGCUUCUUUCGAGAGGAAACAAGAACCACAACAAGUUUCACCUAAGGAGACUCAGAGCAAGCAGAUUUGUAGCAGAAGUCGCACCAAGGUUCAAAUGCAGGGUGUUGCAGUUGGUCGCGCUGUGGAUUUGGCAACGUUGAAUGGGUAUGAUCAACUUAUUGGUGAAUUGGAAGAGCUGUUUGACAUCAAGGGACAGCUUCAACACCGGAAUACAUGGGAAAUUGUCUUCACUGAUGAUGAAGGAGAUAUGAUGCUUGUCGGAGAUGAUCCAUGGCCUGAGUUUUGUAACAUGGUAAGAAGAAUCUUCAUUUGUUCCAGCCAAGAUGUAAAGAAGAUGAAAUCAGGUAGCAAACUACCAAUCUCUUCUUCGAUCGAAGAAGGAACUGUAAUAAGCUCAGACACAACCGAAAGAUGAAACAUUGACAUUAUUUUCUUGUCCUUUUUUAUCUUUCUUUUUGUUUCUCAGCACCAAACUAUUGAUUCUUCUUGUUGAUUUUAUUUCUUGUGAGAAGAAGGAAAUUAAAGUUGGUUUUAUUUUAGCUAGGUGAGUUAUUCAUGUUAUUAUUACUUAGAUAUGAAACACUAGCUAAUUGUAACUUAAUUUGUAGAGACACAACAAGGCAUUAAUUGUGGUAGAAAAGACCAAAAUAGUUUUUUUUUUUUUUCUUUUAACUUAAAUAAAUUUGUGGAUAUGGCAAAUUUUUAGGGUUAGCAUUGAAUAUUCCUAUUAAGUUGGAAGUAUAUUGAUAUGUUGGUUGUUGGUUUAUCAAAACUUUCCUAUUUUAGUCAAAUGGCAUAUUCUUGUUUGUAA